AUGUCAUACGCAGAUAAAGACCCCCUCGCUGCCGCUAAACAAGCAGAGCGCGAGCUCAACUCCCAUCAAGCCAAGCAGGGAUAUAGUACUAGUGAUUCUGCAACCGAAUCAGGCGUCGACGCAUCCGUCGAGUCCCGUUUCCCGGGUGCGAAUGUGGUAUAUGGAAGUGCUGCUUCUGGAGCUGGUGGGAACCGCGAGAUCCCCCCUCAAGAAGGCGGGACCAUCACAUCGAGCGGCCAACCUACUAAAGCGCGGGAUUUCGAGGGCGUAGGAGGGCCGGCGGAUAAGGCAGUUCUGGAGGCGAGUGAGAGGGGGGGUGAGGAUGGGGUGCAGGGGAAUGUUAGACAGGGAGGGAUUCGUGAUGGUGCUGUGAGGGUUGCUGGGGGGAAGUGA